AUGGUUGGCGGCGUUUGUACGGUAAAGGAUGAAAAGCAUAACUGCGAUGAGAAAGAUGUAGGGAUCCUUAUGAAAGUUGUUAGCGCCAAUUAUAGUCUUUUUUUCGAACAACACUGUAGUGGAACACAGGAUAUCGCAAUUCUCGAACUUGAAAAGAAUGUGCCCAAAGGGAUAAAUCAUAUUUGUCUUCCUCAACAUCAUAAUGUUGACGAGCUUCUUGAUUCAUCCACGAGAAUGUUUUCAUAUGGAUGGGGAGUAGAUCCAAGAAAGAAAGGAUUUGACAUUGUUCCAGUGCCAUAUUUACAAAAAGUCGACUUAGGCCAAAGAAUGCCGAACUUUGAAUGCCAGAAAUUUCGUCACGAUAAGCCUGCUGAUACGUUCUGUACCUAUGAAUAUGCCGAUAAAAAUGUUUGUAGUGGUGACAGCGGAGGAGGUGUGAUAGCGAAACUAAAUGGCAGGAGCUACAUAUUGGGCGUUGUUUCUCAUGGCUCUGCAUGUCGAGACCUCAGAGAGGAUUCCCAUUUUUUUCCCGUUCCAUUAACGUUUGCUCGCGAUUAUGAUCGCUUCCGUUGCGCAAUCACAGCUGACCUUUGUAUGCAUCUCGACGCCGAGACGGUAAUUGCUAUGGCCCUCACCUGGUCGGUCUUUUCUAUUCAAAAUGAAUUCCUCAACACAGGUCAAACGCUCUCCGACCCUUCGUGA